AUGGAGAACUCACUAUUAUCAUUUUGUAGGCUUCUCUAUGAGGGGAUGUUCGGCACGAGUUCGGCACUGACGUUGGAUCAGUUCAAGAAAACGAACGGAUUUUCGAAUCGAUACUGGGGAUGGGGUGGUGAAGAUGACGACAUGUAUAAGAGGAUCGUAUUUGCUGGAUAUAAGGUGGAGCGGUACAACAACACCAUUGCUCGUUACACGAUGAUCAAACACUACACGAGCCAAAAUCGAAUCCCAUCAAUCCGUCAAUGUCGAUACAAGUUGCUAGAACAUACGAAAAAGGACUGGAGAAAUGACGGCUUGAACACAUUGAAUUACAAAGUUGUUAAUAUUACUUUUGAAAAUCUGUUUACUCACAUCGUAGUUGAUUUGUUAGAGGCAACAGAAAGACCUCCUCUCGAGAAAGUAUUUUGCCACUAA